AUGAAUUCACUCAAAGAUUCAUUUCCGAGAAUUUUUGUUGUUGCUACUAGAAAAUUCGAUAAGAUUUCUGAUUUUGGGAGGUGGCAUCAUGGUGUUUGGGAAUGGAAUAUUCAGCUAAGAAUACCUCUUUUUGAUUGGGAAAAGUCUACAUGGUCUGAUUUUUUAUCUGUUCUGAAUAAAGCUGUUAGCAUUUUUCCGAGUAAGGAUCGGCUCAAGUGGAGUGGUGCGUCUCAUGGUAGGUAUUCAAUGAAAGAUUAUUGUAUUAAGUUGGAAUGUUGUGGUAAGUCGAAAGAUCCUAUAUGGAGAUUGGUUUGGUUUAAGUUUGCACCACCUAAAGUAGCUACUUUUGUGUGGAAAGUAGUUCAUCAAAGGAUACCGGUUACUACAGAGUUGCAAAAAAGAGGAGUUAGGAGUAUAGAUCAGCCCGAAUGUGUGUUUUGUAAAUGCGAAUCGGAAUCUAUUAGCCAUGUUUUAUGCCAUUGUGGAGUUGUAUGGCAAGUAUGGCAACGAUGGUGCAAGGUGUGGACAGUGAACAUAGUAAUCCCCAAGAAUGUAAAACAACUGUUACAAGUAUGGUUCUCGCAAAUAAUUAGGAAGCGUGUUUACCGCACCUAA